UGCUUCUCCUGCCGUAAUUGAAAAAGCAAUCGACUAAAAAAUAAUCAAAUGGACCAGACGCCUGAGAACCUCCAUGAGAGAAAUGAUCAUGUUCUUGAUAUACCAAAUGAUGGCCAACUUGGGAAUAAUGUUGAAUCAAGAAAUUCUCAAGAACCUGUGAUUCAGCAACCUCCUACUGGUGGAUCAAGUCAUGGGAGUUUUAUCUCAUCUUUUUGCUUUUGGAUUUAUAUCAGGCUAGUUUUCAAUAUAAGUCAGAUUGUUGCAUCAGUAGCUGUUCUUGCAGUUUCCAGGAAUGAGAAGCCGCAAGCUCCAUUGCCCACUUGGAUUGUGGGUUACGCCGCCGGGUGUGCUGCUAGUAUUCCCAUCCUCUUCCAGCAUUGUUUUCUCCCGUAUCCUACGCUUAGCAGGUUAUUGGAGCACUUCAAAUGGGUUCUAAAAGCUUACUUUUUUGUGUGGUUUGUUAUUGGAAAUUUUUGGCUAUUUGGAGGUUACUCUUCUUCAGGGGCUUCAAAUUUGCACAGGUUAUGCAUAAUGUUUCUCGUCUUCAGCUAUCUCAAUUUUAUUAUUCCCUUCAUCCUGGUUGCGGUUUUGGCCUUCUGCUGUGGGGACCUUGGUCUAAUUAGAGGAGCCCCUUCAGAAUGCAUUGAUUCUCUGCCAACGUACACUUUCAAGUUGCAGAAAGAUGGUAGUGGCAGCAUAAAGAAAAUUAAUUCUGAAGUUAAAGGAGGGGCUGUAGCAGCAGGAGCCGAGAAGGACUGUGCUAUUCCGUGGGAUGAUGCUGUUUGCUGCAUUUGUUUGACAAAUUACACGGACAAUGAUGUGCUGAAGGAGCUCCCUUGCUCUCAUGUCUUCCAUAAAAGCUGUGUAGAUAAAUGGCUCAAGAUGAAAGCGCUCUGUCCGCUUUGCAAAUGCACGGUUUUGUUGAAGAAAUAAGGGUUCUUCGUUUUUGUUAAUGGUAUUACCCAAGUACGUAAUCGCUCUUCCGAGUACAUUCCUUUCCCAGUUACCUUCUGCUAUUGAAUCAGAUCAGCAAUGUUGGAGAAAAAUGAGAAGAGGGAAAAGGAAAGAAGAAAUCUAAAUGCAAAAGGUUGUACAUACAAAGGAUAUCAGUCAUACUUGAAAUACAAUCUGUUGAUAUCAACCCCUUUUACUCA